UUUGUCAGAAACGCAGAAGGAGUUGGCUUCCCUUCGGGGGAGGAGACACGGUCCCACAACAGCCUGGGAGGCGUAUAUAAAGAGCCUGGGGUUGGGGGUGACAGGCUCAGCCCUUGGGUUUCAGCCUACCGCCAGCUUCGCUCCUGCUGCGGAGAGCGCGGGGCUGCUGCCUGGCCAUGAGCACCACAUUUCGGCAGACUGCUUCCUCCACAUUUGGGGGUGGCUCUACCUGGGGGGGUUCCCUCCUGGCUGGGGGAGGAGGCUUUGGUGGGGGGAGUCUCUGUGGGGGAGGUGGGAGCCGCAGUAUCUCAGCUUCUUCUGCCAGGUUUCUCUCCUCGGGCUCAGCAGGGGGCUACGGGGGUGGCUUCGGUGGAGGGGCUGGUAGUGGUUUGGGUGGAGGCUUUGGAGGUGGCCUUGCAGGUGGCUUUGGAGGUGGCCUUGGAGGUGGCUUUGGUGGGGGUUUUGGCGGUGGCUUUGGUGACUUCGGCGGUGGCGAUGGUGGCCUCCUCUCUGGCAAUGAGAAGAUCACCAUGCAGAACCUCAACGACCGCCUGGCCAUCUACCUGGAGAAGGUGCGUGCCCUGGAGGAGGCCAACACAGAGCUGGAGGUGAAGAUCCGCGACUGGUACCAGAAGCAGAGUCCCACCAGCCCGGAGCGCGACUACAGCCCCUACUUCAAGACCACAGAAGAGCUCCGAGACAAGAUCCUGGCGGCCACCAUCGAAAACUCCCAGGUCAUCCUGGAGAUCGACAACGCCAGGCUGGCUGCAGACGAUUUCAGACUCAAGUAUGAGAAUGAGCUGGCCCUGCUCCAGAGUGUGGAGGCUGACAUCAACGGCCUGCGCAGGGUGCUGGAUGAGCUGACCCUGGCCAAGACCGACCUGGAGAUGCAGAUCGAGAGCCUGAACGAGGAGCUGGCCUACCUCCGGAAGAACCACGAGGAGGAGAUGAAGGAGUUCAGCAACCAGCUGGCUGGCCAGGUCAACGUGGAGAUGGACGCAGCACCGGGCGUGGACCUGACUCGCGUGCUGGCGGAGAUGAGGGAGCAGUACGAGGCCAUGGCGGAGAAGAACCGCCGGGAUGCAGAGGCCUGGUUCUUCAGCAAGACAGAGGAGCUGAAUAAGGAGGUGGCCUCCAACACAGAGAUGAUCCAGACCAGUAAGACGGAGAUCACAGACCUGAGACGCACGAUACAGGGGCUGGAGAUCGACCUGCAGUCCCAGCUCAGCAUGAAAGCUGGGCUGGAGAGCACGCUGGCAGAGACCGAGUGCCGCUACGCCACGCAGCUGCAGCAGAUCCAGGGCCUCAUCAGCAGCAUCGAGGCUCAGCUGAGCGAUCUCCGCAGCGAGAUGGAGGCACAGAACCAGGAGUACAAGAUACUGCUGGACAUCAAGACGCGGCUGGAGCAGGAGAUCGCCACCUACCGCAGCCUGUUGGAGGGCCAGGAUGCCAGGAUGGCUAGCAUUGGUACCAGAGAAGCCUCCCUGGGAGGUGACGGAAGCGGCAAAGUCCGCAUCAAUGUUGAGGAGUCUGUGGAUGGGAAGGUGGUUUCUUCCUGAAACAGAGAGAUCUAAGUGCCCAGUGCAGGAGAGACGCCCCCCGCCACCCCCACACACCCCAGGCUGAGCAGACAGCUUUUCCGGAGGGACUGGAGAAGCAAACUCCAGGCCCUGCCUUCAGAGGGUCCAGGGGUCCCUCGUCUCCUAGUUGGGUGCUUCGCAUGCUCUGCCCCACCCCCCUCUAGCUUUCCCACCUCCUGCAGAGCAGGGAAGUGCAAGAAACAGCUGUAUUGUGUAAGAAGCUCAUGGUUUGUACCAUGUCAAUGCAAUAAAGAAUUGCUUUUCCUUUUG